AAAGAAACGGAGUGUGUGAAAAAAGAUUGCAGAAAAGCUAACAAGGGAAGGAGUACAUGUUUCUGGUUUGCAGUGUGAAAACAGGUGGAAAACGCUGAAGUCACUGUUCCGUCGUACGAUCGAUCACAACAAGAAGACAGGUACCUACUAUGAAACAACAAAUUUUUAUUGUUAUCAUUUAUUUUCUUCAUAAAUGUGGUGUUUAUUUCAUAGGAAGGGAAACACGUACGUGUGACUUUUUCCAGGAACUGACAGAUAUCCUUGGAGAUAAGACUGAGAUAGAACCCGUGAGUGUAGCCAGCAGCUACAGCUGUACUACUGAUGAAUCCGUCAACACCAGCAGCAGUUAUGAUGCCUGCUAUCAGGAUUAUGAUGAUCAACUUGAAUCAAUCAAUGACCAUUCCGUGUUAGACGAAAUAGAGACAGUCACUGAAGGCACAGGUGGCCCACCUCCAGCCAAAAGACCAAAGAGGGACAAAGGAAAGUGUGUUUCUAUUCCUACCAGAAAGACUAGUGCAAGCAAGAGAGACAUAAUUGACGUCAUCAAACGUAUGGAGCAAAAUAGGCAUGAGCUUGAGAAGCAGAAAAUGGAUCUUCUCAAAGACAUGCAGAGAGAGAAAAUUACUUCAAUGAAAAGCCUUAUGGACACUCUCAAAGUAUUGCAGACAAACAUUAAUUAGUGCCUGAUCAUUUAAGUUGCAACCACUAGUUUGUUUUAGAAGUUGUGUUCUGAGAUUGCAGCUAAGUUCAUGUUACGUUACAACUACACAGUGUUCCCAUAACUGCUCUGCAAUUAGGUCACAUUUACGUUUAACGAUAUUUUCCCUUGAUUCACCAGGAUGACCAGCAGUAUUAGUUUCCUCAAGACUACAAUCACCAUCCUCAUCACGACCAUCCAUGCCAUCGUCUUGUUGGUUGUCAUCAUCAUUGUCCAAGAAGUGUUCUAUAUCUCUCUCAGACAUGAUGCAUAUAUUGU